UCAUUGAGUCAAUAGAGUUCUACGCAGGUUCGACUCGUUCCUUCUUCCUUCUGCAAGAGGCCAAGAGGAGUGUGUGCAGUUCUGGAUCAGACGUGGAACGCCGUCGUCUCAUCUUCACCAGCUUGCCUUUACUCUUUCGCUUAAACGAAUCCGCAUCAGAGCCGACUAAGAGGAAGAACUCCGAACCCUCUAUAUCUGUUCCCGAGGUUCAACAAACAUGUCGGCGCUGUUCAAUUUCCAUUCGUUUCUGACGGUGGUGUUGUUGGUAAUCUGCACUUGCACUUUCUUGAAGAUGCAGUUUCCUGCUAUCCUUGAACAGAAAACCGGAUUUCGGGGCUUCUUUUGGAAAGCUGCAAGAAUAGGUGAACGAUUGAGCCCAUGGGUAGCGGUUGGGUGCUUCACAAUGGGCGUAUCGAUCAUAUUUUUCUAAGUGACAUUAACAAUACCUGUCAAAUUUACAUCCAUCUCUAUUUUUUUUUUUUUUUUACAUAAACUAGUUUGUAAUGCCUAAUGAACAAUUUAUUAAAGUUGAUGUCAUUGUCAUUUACUUUA